UAGUGUUGUCGUCUUUCUAUAUAGGUAGAUCUUAUAAAAAGUAACAGAGACCCUGAGAAUGUGCAACAAAUUCUAAACUAGAAUUGCGAAAAUGGACUCCAAUGAUGAAACCAUUAUGAACGAGGAGGAAUGGCUUUUGGGUAAGGAGCUUUGCAGCUUUUCCUGUCUUCCCAUGGCCAUGAAAGCUGCGAUAGAGCUUGAUGUUCUACAAAUCAUAUCAACUGCAGGUUCUGGCCUUCAAAUUUCCCCUACCCAGAUUGUGGCCCAAAUUCCAAACGUAACAAACCCAGAUGCAGCAAUUACUUUAGAUAGGAUUCUGAGAGUCCUAGCAAGUCAUUCCCUCCUCAGCUGCUCUUUAUCCAUAGACCAGAAUGGCAAGCCUGAGAGGCUCUAUGGUCUCACUCCUCUCUGCAAAUACCUUGUGCAGAACAAGGAUGGCCUGUCCUUGGCACCACUGGCCCUGAUGAACCAGGACAAGGUGUUCAUGGACUCUUGGUAUCAUCUCAAGGAUGCUGUUCUGGAAGGAAGCCAACCAUUCAUCAAAGCUCAUGGGGUGAAUGCAUUUGAGUACCCUGCCAAGGACCAGAGAUUCAAUAGGAUAUUUAACAAGGCUAUGGCUGACCAUUCUGCCAUGGUGAUGGAGAGGAUUCUGGAUUCCUAUCACGGCUUCAAGGAUUUGGAGGAGCUUCUGGAUGUGGGGGGUGGAGUUGGGUCUACUCUCAAUCUUAUAGUUUCCAAGCAUCCCCAUAUUAAGGGAGUGAAUUAUGACUUGCCCCAUGUUGUGAGAGAUGCCCCUGAUUAUCCAGGGGUUACUCAUGUUGGGGGAGACAUGUUUGAGAGCGUCCCAUCCAGCAGGGCUAUUUUUAUGAAGUGGAUUUUGCAUGAUUGGAGUGAUGACCAAUGCAUAAGGAUUUUGAAAAAUUGUCACAAGGCAUUAUUAGAGAAAGGGAAGGUGAUUGUAGUGGACUGCAUUUUACCAAUGGUUGCAGAGACCUCUUCUUUUGCUAGGCAAGCAUUUCAUGUAGAUCUUUUAAUGUUAGCGUACAAUCCAGGGGGUAAAGAGAGGACAAAGGAGGAAUUCAAAGACCUUGCGAAAGCAGCAGGAUUUGUAGGAGAUAUUAAACUUGUUUGUUGCGUCAAUGGUUUAUGGGUUAUUGAGUUUUACAAGUGAGUUUGAUGAAUGAUCAUUUUGAUAGCUCUUGGAAAGUAGUUUGUGUCUUCUAUCAUGAGGAACAAGUUGGUGGGUGUGUACUAUGCACCCUUAUUACCCUUGUAAAAAAUAUUUCAUCCUUCAAUGCUAGGAAGGAUAAACACCCUACUUAGAGUUUUAUUUUCUUUCUUCA